AUGGCGCACAAGCGCCCGCAAGGAAGACCGAAUCUUGGCGGGAUCGGCCGUCAUGUACAGCAGUACCAGCUGACAGGGGAAACUGUCGAGAAAAAGCUCGCAGUUGUCGCUCAUUACAAGCAGUGUAAGGCUAUCAAGACGACUAUCAAGCACUAUUAUCCUAACCUUAGUAGCAGAUCCUACAACAGCAAGCGCACUACGAUUCUGCGGUGGGCUCGGGAGAUCAAGCGUCUUAACGCCGCUGCGGCUGAAGGCAAGGGCACCCACAAGAAAGUGCGCAGCGUCGGUACGGCAACCGUGUUGUCGGCUGAGAGCGAGGCCUACUUGGCUCAAUGGGUAAACGAGCUGCGAGAUUCUACCAAGAUGCUGCAGGAUAAGGCUCUAGAUGUAGCCGAGGAGGCUGAAGUACUCGGUUUUGCAACUGGGUGCUGA